CCAGUGCGCGGUCACACUACGCUGACGGCGUCUUUUUUCACGAAAAAAUUUCAAGUGUCGAAGAACAAUUCCGCAGAAACAUCCGCACGCUCCGGUUCCGUGUUGCAAUCAAACAAUCAUUCCCAUCGCGGCAGAAGCAAUCGCAGUGCCCAGAGCAUUUCGCAAGCGCAGUUAGCACAGGCAGCAGCAAAAAAUCGAUUAAACUGAAAUGGCUGGCGGCAAAGCAGGCAAGGAUUCAGGAAAGGCCAAGGCGAAGGCGGUAUCGCGAUCAGCGCGCGCGGGUCUCCAGUUCCCCGUGGGCCGCAUCCAUCGUCAUCUCAAGAGCCGCACCACAUCCCACGGACGCGUCGGAGCAACCGCAGCCGUCUACUCCGCUGCCAUAUUGGAAUACCUGACCGCCGAGGUUCUUGAGUUGGCAGGCAAUGCCUCGAAGGAUCUGAAAGUGAAACGUAUCACGCCGCGCCACUUACAGCUCGCCAUUCGAGGAGACGAGGAGCUGGACAGCCUGAUCAAGGCAACCAUUGCCGGCGGCGGUGUCAUUCCGCACAUACACAAGUCGCUGAUCGGAAAGAAGGAGGACACGGUGCAGGAUCCGCAGCGGAAGGGCAACGUCAUCCUGUCGCAGGCCUACUAGGCCAGCCAGCAUUUGCACGCCUUCGGAACAUGCGACACCAAUGUUUAAUUCAGAUUUCAGCAGAGACAAGCUAACAAUCCGACGAGUUGUAAUCAUUUCUGUGCGCCAGCACAUACUUCUUAUAUACAACGUAAUACAUAAUAUGUAAUUCUAGCAUCUCCCAACACUCACAAGCAUACAACAUACAAAAAACACACACAAAACGUAUUUACCCGCACGCAUUGUUGGCGAGGUUGAGUAUGAAACAAAAACAAAACUUAAUUUAGAGCAAAGUAAUUACACGAAUAAAUUUAAUAAAAAUUAUAAUAAAAACGCCAAUCCUGUUAUUUCCAAACUGACGAGAUGUUUACGAUUGUGGCAAUGAAUGUAAAGUAUUUAAACUAGAUGGUAAUUUAUUCCAGUUGUAAAAACACGAUUUUUAAUGUGAAUAGUACAGUCUAAUUCCAGAAUCGCGAA